CAUAGCUUAUGCAUAAUGCAAUUUACACUUUCAGGCAGGAUGCGAUACUCACUACUUUGUAUGCUUGUACUUUCAUGCAAUACAGCAUUCUCCACAAUCAAUGUGAAAAAACAUCCUAACUGGUCGUUACUGGAACAAAAUAAUUGUGGCAAUUCCAACAGCGAUCGCAUUAUUGGUGGCAAAAAUGCGAGCCUCGGCGCGUAUCCUUGGAUCGCGAGAAUAGGAUACAGCAUGCCGAAUGUUAAUGACUUAAGCUAUAGAUGCGGCGGUACAAUAAUUAAUCGACAAUACGUAGUCACGGCUGCCCAUUGCGUAGUGAAUCUACCUGAAAAUUUCAAGGUUGGUGGAGUUCGUUUGGGUGAACACAACAUUCUCACUGAUCCCGAUUGUGAGCAAGGAUAUUGUGCGGAGCCAGUGCAAGAUUUCCUGCCCGAAUCGAUAAUUGUCCACGAGAGUUAUAACAAGCCGGAAUUCAAAAAUGACAUAGCCAUAAUACGAUUGAAUAAACCGGUGAUUUAUAACGAACAUGUAAAGCCGAUUUGCAUGAUGAACGAUGAACUUCUCAGUAAGGACUUCGUUGGCGAAACAGCGGAGGUCGCCGGUUGGGGAAUUUUUGAUAUUAAUGACCCGAAACCUAGCACGAUCCUGCAGACUGUCAAGCUACCUAUUGUCAAGAUGGGCAGAUGUGUGAUGGCUUUCAGGAGAUAUGCAGAAAUAUCGGAGGAUCGGCAGAUGUGCGUGGGUGGUGUUCCUGGUCACGAUUCCUGUGGUGGUGAUAGUGGUGGACCUUUGAUGCAAGUGAACAGCCUGAAUGGACCUCCUAAAUAUUACUUCAUCGGCAUCGUUUCCUUCGGCCAAAAAUCCUGUGGCGUUUCCGAAACACCUGCUAUCUACAGCAGGGUUGCGGCGUACACUACAUGGAUCUUGAACACCAUGCAUCCGUUUAGUAUUCGGUUAAUAAUAUCGAAAUUGAAUAAUUCGCCGAUAAUGUCGACAUCAAUUUUUCUAGUGUCUCUUAAGUUUCUAACGUUGCUGAUCAUUAGCAUCAAUGCACAAUACCAAAGCCCGAGAGAUCAGUGUACGGUGGAUAGCCAGGUGGGAACAUGCAUAAACGCACGUGAUUGUACAUUAGUGUCCAACAUUCUGCAGCAAUCGCGGGAGCAGGCCAUCAACUACCUGAGACGCAAUCAUUGCGGUUUCGAAGGCUCAAAUCCUUUGGUGUGCUGUGUUAACAGUGCGAGCAUCAGCACCCGUCCAAGCGGUGUCGUGACGAAUCCUGGGACUACAUCGGAUCCGAGUAGGAACUCGGAAUCAUCCUCUUCGCCUAUCGAAAAUCUCCAGCUAGACCUGGCAAAUAAUCCAUUGCUGUCGAACGACUGCGGUCGCGACCUGUCGCAGAGAAUUGUAGGUGGCGAACGUACUGAUCUGGACGAGUUUCCUUGGAUGGCGCUGGUCGAAUAUCAAAAACCAAAUGGUAGAACGACAGCAUGCGGUGGUGUUUUAAUAAAUAAACGCUAUAUCCUUACUGCCGCUCAUUGCGUUAAAGGCAAGGACUUACCAGCUACUUGGCGCCUGUCCAGUGUCCGCCUGGGCGAAUACAACACUGACACCGAGAGAGAUUGCGUGCCGGAUAGUGAGAGUAGUGAGAUAUGUGCCGAUGAUCCAAUAACCGUAGGUGUGGAAGAACAAAUCGCUCAUGAAAAUUACCGGCCCACUUCACGGGAUCAACGUUAUGAUAUUGCAUUACUACGUCUCAGCCGUGACGUGCCAUUCACAAGAUACAUUCAGCCCAUCUGCCUGCCAUCCAAUUCGUCGCUCGGAGGCAAACUUUUCGUGGCCGGUUGGGGCAAGACGGAAACCAGCUCGGCUUCGAAUAUUAAAUUGAAAUUGGCCUUGCCUUUGGCAGAGAAGAGCCUGUGCGAUCAAACCUACUUCAGCGCUGGAGUUCGGCUAGGACUAGGACAGAUCUGUGCGGGUGGUCAGAAAGGCAAAGACUCGUGUCGGGGUGAUUCGGGUGGUCCCCUGAUGGCCCUCGAAAGGAUCGCCGAUGGUACCGGCAAAUGGACUGCUGUAGGCGUUGUAUCCUUUGGACCAUCGCCUUGCGGCAUGCAGGGAUGGCCUGGCGUAUACACGAAAGUGUCAGACUUCGUUCCCUGGAUUCUUAACAAUAUGAGGCGAUAAAUGAGACACUAUAUUAUUUACGAAGGAAGAUAUCUUUUGACUAUUGCUUGGAAAUGAUUUUUUAAAGAAGAUAUUGAUGAACAAAAUGCGAAAAAAAAAUUUUAAUUGUGAUAA